GCCAUCCUCAACGGCGCAUAGAUAUUGAGACAUACAUACCUAACCUACGUACUUACAUAUCGCCAUCUAUACAAAACUCUCAACCUAAUAUCAAUUCCAUCACUAACAACCAACACUCUCCCAAAAUGUCAACCCCAGCAACCCACCCCGUGAUAACCCCCUCCUCCUCCUCCACCUCCACCUCCACCAAACCCCUCAUCCGCGUCGGCACGCGCAAGUCCGCCCUCGCCCUCAAGCAAGCCGACUACGUCGUCACAGCUCUCCGCCAACUCCACCCAGCCGUCGACUUCGAGAUCCGGGGCAUGCACUCCUCCGCCGACAUAGACAAGAUCACCGCCCUGUACAAGUUCGGGGGCAAGGGCCUCUGGACGAACGAGCUCGAGGCCGAGCUGCGCGUCGGCGAGCUGGACAUGAUCGUGCACUCGCUGAAAGACAUGCCGACGGUGCUCCCCGACGGGCUCGUGCUCGCGUGCGUGACGCCGCGCGAGGAUCCGCGGGACGUGGUCGUCGUCAAGCAGUCGCUCGGUGACAGGUACAAGAAGCUCUCUGACCUGCCGGCCGGCGCCGUCGUCGGGACCAGCAGCGUGCGGCGGAUGGCGCAGAUCCGGCGGCGAUACCCGCACCUGCGCUUCGAGGACGUGCGGGGCAACAUCGACACGCGGCUGCGCAAGCUCGAUGCCGAGGACGGCGAGUACUCCGUGCUGAUCCUCGCCGCGGCGGGUCUGCUGCGCAUGGGGUUCAGCGCGCGCAUAUCGCAGUACCUCGAGAGCGGCACCGAGGGCGGCGGCAUGCUGCACGCCGUUGGCCAGGGGGGUCUGGGCAUCGAGGCGCGUGGCGAUGACGAGCGCACGCUGAAGCUGCUGGCGCCGCUUCAGGACCACGACGCGAUGCUCGCGUGCGAGGCGGAGCGCAGCCUGAUGCGCACGCUGGAGGGCGGGUGCAGCAUCCCGAUCGGCGUGGAGACGAGCUGGGUCGGCGACGACGGGAAGCUGAGGCUGGCGGCGACGGUGGUCAAUGUCGAGGGCACGGAGGCGGUGGACGCGGACAACGCGGCGGUGGUCAAGACGCGGGAGGAGGCGGAGGCGUUCGGGAAGGUGGUCGCGCAGCAGCUGACGGAUAGCGGCGCGCAGAAGAUCCUCGACGUGAUAAAUGCGGACCGCGAGGCGAGUCGGGAUAGCGCGCAGCCGUGGGUGCCGGCGUAGAGACUUUUCUUUUUUUUUUUACUUUCCUCCAACAGCUAUGAAAUCUAUACCAAAAAGAAAACAUACCUAGUAGCAUAUUCGGGAGCAUGUACUUUCUAGAGACUUGGGUUUAUAAAAAAUAGAAAACGUUAGAUGACUGAUGACUGGGACGGAUAUGCUUUAUAGAAAUCAUGAUGAUGGGCAAUCCCCAUCUAUGCAACCAUCUUCUUUUUUUUAUGUAGGUAGAAAUCUGUGCAGAUAUGAUAUCGCACCAUGGAUGAUGAGGGCCACCUAUGG